AUGAUGAAAUUUAACAUAGAUAAGAUAAUAUUAAUCAAUUUAAUAGUAUUAUUGAAUGAUAAAUCAGUGUAUUGUGUGGAUACAAAUGAUGUUUCAAUAAGGGAAUCACAACCAGAAACAACCAACAGGGACACAGAUAAAACAAAACCAACAAANACAGACACUAAUAGGACAACAAAAGCCAAGACAGNUAGGUACUGUGAAUUUGAGGAUGACCCUUUAACAAUAGGGUUUAGAUACACUAUAGAUAAAUCAGAACAAAAUAAAUUAUCAUAUCCGAAUAAAAUUGACAAAAUCAAAUUUUCUGAUUAUAUAAUUGAAUUUGAUGACAAUGCUAAAUUACCAAUUGGUACUGUCAAUAUUAUAUAUAUCUAUACUUGCAAGCAUAAUAAUCCAGUAUUAGUUGAAUUUAUAGUUUCUACAGAAAAAUAUUACUGCUAUUACUUCUACUCAAUGAAUAAUAAUACAAAUAAAUGGAAUAAUCACAAAAUAAAAUAUGAUAAAACAUACAAUGAACAUACUGACAAGAAUGGUAUUAAUUAUUAUAAAAUCGAUUAUAGUGAAUCUACCGAAUCUACUACCUGUUUUUGUUUUCGCAAAAAAAAUCAUAAAUCUGAGCGUAAAGAAUUAGAAAAUUAUAAAUAUGAGGAUACAGAAUUAGUAAAAAAACAUUGUAAUGAAGGGAAAUGUGUAAAAUUGGAUGACAUUAAGAUAAAGGAUAAGAAUUUGGAAAUUUAUGUUAAACAGUUUGUUGAUGUAAUCACUCCAGUAAAUUUUGACAACCCUACAUCGAUUAAUCUACCAACUGUCAGUACUACCAAUGAUACUAUUACAAAUACAUACACUGGUACUAUAAUUAAUGCCAAUUUUGUUGAGUACCUUGUAUUUAAUGAUGAACCUUUAACAAUAGGGUUUAGAUACACUAUAGAUAAAUCACAGCUAAAUAAAUUAUCACAUCCAAAUAAAAUUAAUAAAAUCGAAUUUUCUGAUUAUAUAAUUGAAUUUGAUGAUGAUGCUAAAUUACCAACUGAUAAUGUUAUUGGUAUAUCCAUCCAUAUUUGCAAGCAUAAUAAUCCAGUAUUAAUUAGAUUCUCAUGUUCUAUAGAAAAAUAUUACUACUUUUAUUUCUACUCAAUGAAUAAUGAUACAAAUAAAUGGAAUAAUCACAAAAUAAAAUAUGACAAAAGAUUUAAUGAACAUACUGACGUGAAUGGUAUUAAUUAUUAUGAAUAUGUAAUUGAUGAACACAGUUCUUAUACUGAUAAAAAUGAAUAUGAGCAUAAAGAAUUAGCAAGAAUACAUUGUAAUGAAGAAAAAUGUGUAAAUGUAAAGGUAGAUAACAUUAAGGUAAAAACUAAUGCCAUUUGUCCAGGGAUUAUUGCUUUAGAAAUCUUGGCGAUUGUGGAAAUAUGUGAUUUUAUGCUUGAAAUAAUACCGCUGUCAAUAACAAUACCAAGGUCCCCAAUGGUGUUAUUCAUGACGUCAAUAGUUUUAUUAAAUUCUUCAAUUGCACCAUUCACUUCAUUUAAAAUGUCAUUAAAAUUAGUGCCAAAAUUCUGA